AUGACUCCUCAACCAAAUUCGGCCAAAAGCGGCAUCCAACAGUUUGAUGAAAUGUAUAGUGGACUUAAAAACGCCAACAUCAACGUCCGAUCUGUCUGGGUCCAGGCGAGUGUUGAUAGGGUUACCUCACCAGUCAACUGGUUCACUAGUACCUCCACGAACAUUAAUUUCCUUAACUCCAUCCUAUCAAGAGCUAACCAAUAUGGUCUUUCCAUCGGAAUCUACACCAGCAUUUAUGACUGGAAUCAGAUCACUGGUGGAGCCACUAUCAAUAAUGCUAUGCUCUGGUAUUGGAACACCUAUGGAAGUGGAGUUUCUAACGAGUCUCCAGCAGAUUUCAAUGACUUCCGCGCCUUUGGUGGAUGGACCACACCAAAUGUCAAACAGUUCGCUCAAGUCGAAACCGUCUGUGGUGUGACUGUCAACAGAGACAUCUACGCUAUAACAGCAGCGGAGAAAGUUGCUGGAAUGGCUAAAUACGAGAAGUCCGAGGCGAUUGUUGUUGGUUCUCUUGGACUCGGAAAUGCUAUUGUUGGCAAAGCUGAAAUUAAGCAAUAG